GAUGUCACAACCAACAAAUUAACUUGAUGAUCUUUAUAUAACAACUCAAAGACCCUUUUUGUUGAGGUAGGAUUCCAUAAUUUAAAAUUAUGAUCAUAUUUAAAAUUAUGAUCAAAUUUAAAAUUAUGAUCAAGAAUAUGAUCUUAUGGAUCUUCAAUAGAAUUAGGGACAUUUUUAAGAACUUUAUCAGGAAAUUGAAAAUAUAAUCUCUCCUAAUGAAGAUGCCAAAAAAUAGAUUUAUUUUUAAAUUUCUGAUAACGAAAACAAUGUGAAUUUUGAUAUAGAAUCAAGCAUUUAAAUUUCUAAUCAUCCUGUGGAAAUAAUACCUAAUUAAAAAAUCCCUGAAAAAAUUCCCAAAAAGAAAUUUAAUGAAAAAAGUUACUGUAGAUAUAUAUUAUUAUAUUUGUUUCGAACUAUUGAAAAUAAAUAAUAUGCUGAAAUCAUAAAGAAUAUUUGCAGCAUAUAUUAAAUCAAUUACUCUAAUUUUGUCGAAUACUAUAGAAAAUAAAGAAUUUUAAUUAUGGGUUAUUAAUCUUUAAAAAAAGAACUAAUCUAUGAUAAAGAUUCUAUUCCUGAUUAGAACCGUAAGAAAGCAUUCAAAGAGGUUCUUAUUUGGUACUUAGAUAAACUAGCUACUAAGCAUAUUCUAUUAAGCAAAAAACAAAACUUUGAAGGAUAUCUUAGAUUUAAAAAUUAUGUAAUGUCCUAUUAUAUACACACUCCAAAAAGUUGGGCUGGUAAUACACCAUAAUGGAUAUGAA